UGUGGCGAGAGCUUGCACGUCUGCCGAGGAUACCUGCCCAGCAUAAACACACCUGUCCUCUGAUGGGCUUAAAAUGAGUUUCGCGUGAACCUGAGAGAGCCUGCUCACAGCCAACCUCGUCACCCAGGCUGUUGUGUCCAGGGACAUGAAACUCAAUCCACAGCAAGCUCCUUUGUAUCAGGGUCGAUGUGUUGUCACAGUGCAGCUUUCCGACGAAGAGCUGGCUGCAGAUGAUCGGGGAGUGGACUACUUCCUGCUGUUUGCCGGCAGCACACAGAGACAUCUAACCAGCACCCUGAGGAGCAGCCAUGACACCUUACAGGCGUUGUGUCCCGCUCACAACUGCUGCGAGGUGGUGUUGGUCACCUUGUGUUCAGCCACCCAGACUCCCUCCAGGGACCCUGAGGACCCAGCGCCCUGCCCGGGGUGCGUGGCUCCAUUGGCCGAGCAUCGAUUCAGCUUUGUCCAGGAUUUGGCUUUUGACAUGGCCCAGUUCUUGGUGAGCACAGCAGGCCGGGCCGACGGCCUCGACGGGGCCCUGCUCCUGGAUGAGUGUCAGAUUCCAGUGCAGGAGUGUGAGCGCCUGGAUGAGAACCUGGCGCUGGCCCUCCGCCACCUCGUGUUGCCGCCGGGAUGGAGCUUAAUGGGCAGCAAACAGGCCAACAGCACCGGCCCGAGCCCUCAGGAGACUCUGCUGCAUUUCUCGGCACGGCGUGGCCUUUCUCGGGUGACCCGCUUUCUGCUGCGGCAACCCGGAGCCAGGGAAGCCAUUCGGUUGACCAACAAAGAAGGUCACACCCCGGCUGCCGUGGCGACACAACGAGGACACGAGCAUCUCCGUGAGCUCCUCACAAACAGGGCCGAGACGGAGGCGGACGAGGCGUCUGAAACUCUCCAGCUGGUGUCCGCGGAUGCUCGGGUGUGCUGCAACUCCCCCACGCUGAACACACACACUCUGACGGUUAGCAUUCGCCCUGGCCGCAGCGCUCCGACCCUUCAGGAGAGCGUGGAGUAUCUUCUGCACUUUUUAGGCCACCUCCAUGCCAAGGGAGUUUCUGUCUUGGAGCUGCAGUUGGACUCACUCCACACUGCUGCUGAGUGUUGUGACGGUGUGAAAACAGACUUAACCUGUCAGGAGCGACUCCAGGAGCUGCACUCAACGUCAGAGUGCUGGAUUUCAAAAACUGGAGGGAGCGAGGGAGAAGGCAUCAAAGAGGAGAGCGGCAACUCCGUCGUAGGUGAACUAGGCGAGACUCGUAACUCGGAGAAAGACGAAAGUUUGCCUCCGGCGUCAGAAAUCCCUCCCCAGCAGCACGGCCUGGAACCCCAGGGGGACGGGGUGUGUCUUAGUUCAAACUCUGAGGGAAAAGGCUGCCAAGGGGAGCGAGAAGGGAAGGCUGACUCCUGUCCUGGGUUGAAUUUGUGUGACAGGAGUGAAGGGGCACAGGGUGAGGCUGAAGGGGAAAGCGUCACUGUGGGAAAUGUCCCAGCAGAAGGCUGCGGUAAACAGGCAGAGGAAGCUGUGAUCCGGGAAGAACAGGAGGCCGGGGAGGGAGAGGAGCAGGAAGCGGGAGACGGCGCAGCCACGAGUGGAGAGGAGGAGGGCGGAUCAGAGCGCGCGGUUCUGACGACAGCCAGCGGAGACUCUCCAGUCAUGGGCCAGUCUCCGUUGUCGGGGAGUUCUGAACUUUUAAACCCCACUGAAUCAGAAGCAAAGCUGAGAUCUCAGGAAGGAGAGAACAUUGAGGAAGAACAAACGGAACUUCCCCAAGAUCCCUUUGAUGGGUUCAAUCCAGAUAAGGAGGAAGAAAAUGAGGCAGGGAGGGAAGAGUUGACGGACCCUGUUUCAACUCCAGGAGACCUCCCCAACCCGUUGGCGAUAGCCUGCGGUGACGUAAUCGAGCAGCGUGAAUCUGCCGUUCCUCUACUGCUGAUAGAAGGCCUCCGUGAGGGGGAACCUCCGCCAGACAUAAACAGCCAAGAACAAAACCAGGAAACAGCUGGUCAGGAUUACGCAGCCGAGCAGGAACAGGGCUCCGGUCCAGAAGCUGCCCGUCAUUCUGGGGCUGACACUGGAGCUGAGAGCGACAGCCACAGCGAAGACACCACUAAACUCCAAGAUUUCACUCCAGACGAACCCAAGAGUUUUGAUUUUUGGGGUUUGAACAGUGCCGAGGAAGGAACACGGACUGACCAGUCAUCACUAGGAAAUAUGCUCACUAAGAGGAAGGCUGACCAGGAUUCAGGCGUGGCACAUCGUGUCUCCAGUGACGACGAAGGAAGCUUUAGAUCUUUUGGAAGUUCUUCAACGGAAAUAUUUCACCCUACUCAGGAUAACAGCACCAUGCAGGAGGGAGAUCAAGCUAUGAACGUAGAUAUUUACUCAUCAGGAUGUACCGAGGACUCAAAUGAUCCAACACCCAGCGUAAACCAUGAACACUCACCAGGUGACGACAAUGAGCUCCUGUUGGACGCUGGUCCCGUCAGUUCCCUGAACCCUUCAGAGGGUAGUAGAGAUGAGUUGGAUCCUGAAUCAGGGCUGCUGGACGACUUAAAGACAAUGGAUUGCUUGAUUCCUGAAAGUUGUGAGGAACUGCUUAUAGAAUCUCCUGAACAGGAUUCAGUGUUGGAUCCAAUUCCUUUAGUCAGUGAGGAUGUCCCUACUUCAGAAGCUGGUGAAGGUGAUAUCAGGCAGUCCUCCAGCUCUGAUGGGAAUAUUGACAUCCAGUCUGAAUCAGAGGUCAAAGUUAACGGCCCCGUUGAAGACAAUCGACAGACGGACGCCGAUGAUAAACCAGAGGCAGCAGAGGAGAGCAGGAAUGUACAAACGCAGCCUGAACAGGAUGACUUAAAGGAGGCUGAGGACACGGGGUCGGCUGAGGGUCAGCUCCCCAUCUCAGCACAGGACGCCGUGCCUCCCUCAGACACUGUAGAUGGUGUCUCUUUGGAACUGGAAUCACCUGCUGCUGUCGCUGAGUCAUCUGUGGACACUCCCGUCGAGGAUCAGAUGGCUGCCAACCCAGACUCUGCUGAUUCACUGGAUGGAGCGACGGAGAGCUGCGCGACUGCAGACCCAGAGGUGGAAGUCGACAAACCCGAGGACGCUGUGAAAUGCACGGGGGAGGAAGAAAGCGGCCCAGCAGAGGGACCGGACUCCUCGACGAUCCACCGAGACAGAGAGGCGUCGUUCCACCAGACUUGCAACCCUCAGCACUCAGAAUCCUCGACGUCUUCGGCGUUCCCCAGUUUACCCCGCAGAACCAGCAGUUCCACCAGCUGUCCCUCGUCCGCUCACAGAGACUCUGGCAGCGACAUCGAAAGCCUCCUGAAUGCAGAGCCAGGAUAUGACAGUAUCUUCAGAAAGAACGACGAGCCAGUGACUGGAGGAGACAGCACCAGCGAGGUCUCCGUCUCUUGCUCCUCCACAGACGACACCGCCAGCGUCGGCCCGUCCAGCUCCAGUCCGGAGGGCAGCCAGGGCCUGAGCGGCAGCUGGAGCCCAGAGGAGGGCAUCCAGUCUGAGGCUACCAACGCUGAAGGCCAGGACAGUUCUGCUGCUGCUGCUGCUGGAGGAGGAGGAGGAGGGGACGCUGAAGAAGAAGCAAAAGACCGAGUGAGUGAGGUGCCGCGGCGUUCCGGUCUCUUCAGGAACAGCAAGCGCUCUCUGUCGCCGCUUCGCCGCCACAGCUGGGGUCCAGGGAAGAACAACGGAGGAGAAUCGGAGAUGAACCAGAGGAGCUCCAUCCGUAGCCCUGGUGAGGGGAAGCCGGCCUUUCACAGGAGAAGCUACAGCUUAGAAGGGCUCAGUGGGAUCCAGGAAGAGCUAAGGGGCUCCACCAUCCAGGAGCCCCGCGACCUGGAGCGCUCCAGGAUGCCCCGGCACAACAGCGACGACAGGGGCUCCCUGGUGUCUCUGACGGAAGAGCAGGAGGAGCGGGAGGAGGACAGCAGGCUGCAGGAACAGAAAUUGCGGCGGUAUCGGCCGCUGAGGAACAGCUGUCCCUCCAUGACCCUUCCACUCACCAAGUCUGUUUCCAUGGUCACCAUCAGCCAUAAAGACAGUGAUGCGGUGGGACGCCUGAGACGCAAGAGGCGCAUUUCCUUCUCUUUCAACCUGUCCCCCAUCCUCACCAAAUCUAAGACUCAGUUCAUUUACGGGGACUCUUCGUCAAGUGACGAUGAAGAGGAGGAGGCGGAUGACUCGAGCUUGAGGUUGUUUUCCCACCCCUCCGGGUCGGUAGCUUACAGUAUAUCGGAGGAAGAGCCGGGGCCUUUGCGGAGCGACAUGGAGGGCAGGAACACGACCAAAGUCAGCCGGACCUUCAGCUACCUCAAGAACAAGAUGUACAAAAAGACGCGGGAAAAAGACAGAGACAAAAGGGACAAAGACAAAGAAAGCAAGGAGAAGGACAAGAAGGCCGUGAACGGACACAUUUUCACGCCUGUCAGCUCAAACCAGUUCCUCCAGUGCUCCCAGUGCAAUAAAGCUUUUAAUGGCAAAGAGGCAUUCUGUUGUACAUACUGUAAUGCAUCCGUCCACAAGGGCUGCAGGGACAGCAUGCCUGUUUGUGCCAACGUGAAGAUGAAGUUGCCCAAACAGCAGUUUACAGUGCCAGAUUCCAGCGCACCAUGCUCUGUUCCUGGCGUCACAAUGAGGAACAAAGCUGGUGGGACGAGGGACCGUCCCAGGUCAGCCAUCUUGAGCCCCGAAGACAAUCUUCCCCUGAUGAUGCCAGGAUCACGGAGACACACCAGCAUCAUGACGUUCCCUGGAAACAAUCUGUCAAAGAGCCUCUCGAUUAGCAACAUCGCAGGCCCAUUUGAUGACAUACCCAUCAAAGGCCUGCGCUACCUUUCUCAGUCCACAGACUCACUCAACAGAACCAACCAGGUCACAGAAUCCAUGGAGUCGCUCACUGAUGAAGGUCAACACACACACAUGCACACACACACACCCUUUUUUCUCCCUUUCCAGUCUUUCCGAAAUAAACAAGCACAAUUAAGCCCAAAAUUUUGACAUAAACCAGAUUCAGGCGAGGGGUGCUGAAUGUUUGAACUGUACUUCAAAUUACCAUAUUUU